AUGACAGUCAAGAGUCCAAACCACAAUGUUUCUGAAGGCUACAAUGAGGAAUUGGUGAUGCAUGUGGCACUUUGUGGAUUCCUGAACACGGAUGUCACCAGCACAGCUGGAUAUGACAGCAUCAUCCAGCACUUGAAUGACGGCAAGAGGACGUGCAAAGAAAUCGAGGACUUCAUGAAGGCCAGAGCUGCGAUAGAAGAAAAAUAUGCCAAGGAGCUGCUGGGUUUGUCCAAGAAAGUGUGUGGACACAGUGAAAUGAACACCCUGAAACGAUCGCUUGAUGUUUUCAAAUUACAAACAGAAAGUGUGAGUUUGUCCCAUCUGCAUUUGGCCCAAACCAUGAGGGAGGAAGCAAAAAAAUUAGAAGACUUCAGAGAGAAACAGAAAGAGGCCCGAAAGAAGGUAGAACAGCAUAUGGAUGCUCUUCAUAAGCAGAAGGCCGCUCAAUAUAAGAAAACGGCUGAGGCAAGUAUGAAAGAGAGAGCAAAGUGUCAUCAGUUUGUAUAUUGUUAUGUGAAUGACCGUACAAAGACAUUCUGUUGUAUAAAUAAUGUCACUCUGUUAUACUUCAAGCUGUACGCCAAAACACAGCAAGCCAAGCAGACGGCAGAGGAAGCCGACCGGAUAUAUAGUCAGAAUGUGUCCUUGUUGGGGAAGAUGAGAGAGGAGUGGCUGAACGAGCAUGUCAAAGCCUGUGAGUUUUUUGAGAAACAGGAAGUGGAGAGGAUUAACACCCUGAGAAACGUUGUGUGGACCCAUCUCAACCAUCUCUCCCAGCAGUGUGUCACCAGCGAUGAGCUCUAUGAGGAAGUGAGGAAGUCACUGGAGCAAUGUAACAUUCAAGAAGACAUUGAGCAUUUUAUCAACCUCAGACGAACCGGAGACAAACCACCAGCACCUGUUCCAUAUGAAAACUUCUACAAUAAUCAGAGAUCGGUUCCCACUCGUUCACUUCCCACAGCUGGCAGGAGAGCAGCAGCACCUCCACCACCAACUGCAGGAAAUGAUCCUUUAUACUCAACCGUAGCAGAGCCAGGGUACAGCCUAAUACGAUACUAAUAAGAUCGUGACUCGUCUUUGCAAGCCCUUCUGCUGCUCAAUAGGAAUAUAGUGAAGGCAUCAGUGACUUUUUUUUUUUGCCAGCUUCCUCAUACCAUGUGGUGAGAAUAUAUUGUAGCCUGGCAUGAAGGGUGUCCUUGUCUCUUAAUAAAAAAACAUGGUUGCGACGAGUGGGGCGGGGCCGAGAGCUGUGGGAACGGAG